AAGCUGCAGCAGCCGUUAGCAUUUCAGAAAAACGUUCACCACCAAACACUGAGCAUCAUAUAUCAGCUGCACGGAAACUCGAUCAGUUUCAAUCGUUAUUUCUGAACAGGAGUUUUAAAUAAGAUACAAUACGUAAAUUGAGGGAUUGAGAGUGACAAAAAAGGUGCUGAUUGAAUUAUUCUAUAUUCGUAAGCCUCUGAACAAUUGACUUCUGACACCAGAUGACACAGAGAAUCAAGUGGGUACGUCAGAGGUACGUUCAUCAGUGUUCGUCGUUCAACAGGUCACUGCUGUUUAUAAUCCUGUGUUGAUAAUUGAGACGCCAUCGUAGAUGUUUGGAAUAAUAAUUUGAAGACAGUUGAAGGAAUUAAAGAGACCAGGAAUUUCCGUGAGCCCUUUCAGCAGCCAAAUCAGCAAGAUGUAUCAAAACUUGAAAUUCGAUUCUCCCUACGCAGCAAAUGCCCCCAUGUGGUCAGAUUUCAGCUCCAGUCCUAACAUAUCAACAGAAUAUUUUGAGGUGCUUCAUCCAGAGAAUGAGACCCCAUUCCUCGAGGUACCCGAGAAAAUGCGCCUGAACAGAUCUGAUUUCGACAACUCCCCAGUUUUUAACACUCAAAAUGGACUCCUGGCUCCAGGAUCAUCUCAAGUAACCUCGACCUUCACGGACGCCAUCGACACGAUAAACAUGACGCCUGUCAGGGUAGUUUCUCCAAAUGGUAAAAAUUUCAAAGUUGUCAAAGAAACAACCGUCAAUGAGGUUUUGAUGGAAGUGAUGGCGAUUGCUUCAUCGGCCUCAAAACCAAAACGUAAACCUGUGAAUUUGAACAAAACACAGGGGGCACUCGGUAAUUCACAGAAGACCCCAGCAAAAUCGAGACCAGUCACUCGUUCUAUGCACCUUGCAGAGGGUAUUAAGUCAGCCACUCCAUCAACCAAAUCCCUGGCACUCAAUACUCGUCGAAGUGUCGCCCCUCAGAAAUUGGCUACCCCAGCAAAAGCUGUUGACACUACUGAUUCGUCUGCUACAAACGACGCUGGAGUUCCCAUCUCCAAAAUAAUAAGGACACCAGUCUUGAACAUCAGAAAAACUCUUCCUGCGACUGAAAGUGUUCAGGACAAGACUCCUGUUGCUCCAGCUGAGAUUGAAGAACAGGAAAUCGAUAAAGACGUGACUAUACAAGCGGAACCAGUCGAGGAGACUAUUCCACAGCAAUCGGAAGAGGAUAGGAAUCACCUAGUUUCUUCAACGCCAGCUCCGAAGCCGACAGCUGUGAAGUCGAAUAAAUUGGGCAGUAAUUUGGCAUCUCCACUUGCACCUCAGCCCAUUCAGUCACAGCAUCACGUUGGGCUUUCAGUAAAAUUAGAAAAGACUCAGUCUGAUCAAGCAAUCGAUGACGAAGAGUACGAGGAGGUCGAGGAGGGGGGAUUCGAACUGGUCGAAGAUUUUGAUUACUAUCAAGUCCAUCACAAUCGGUUCACGGAGAAGCGCAAAGCACGUCGUGUCCAGCCCUCCGUGUUGACCAGUCACGCCAGAAGACGCAGCAGUAUCCUGAAGAUUCGUCGUGUAUCCAAUCAGUACGUGAGCCUCGCUGAAGCCGUGAAGAAGUUCGAAAAGGGGACACCAACGCGUUUCCACACUGUCAGUAAUAAGCAUCCCAAACCAAAGAACCUGCAGGUGGUUAAGCAACAAGCAUUGAAGAAGACCAUUCCAAUUUCUCCGGCUCUGACAUCCAAGAAUAGAGUGAGGCGUCGGGCCGUGCCGAGUCAGGCGGAACUCGAAGAGAUUGAGCUGCAAAAAAUGAAGAGCCAUCAGAUUCGUGCCAAUCCUGUCCCCACGAAUAUUCUUCAAGCACCACAGCCCAUGAAGAGUGUUCCCAAGAAACCGUUGACGUCUCAAAAGCCUUUCCAUUUAACUAACCCGAAGAGAGCUUCAUCCAGGGCACCGACACAGGCACCUGUUGUCCCCUCAUCUGCACAACAAUCGAGAAAACCAGCGAAAAAAGUUGUGCCAACAGUAGUGAGCUCUGAUGGUGGUGUCACAAUAGUAGAGACCCAAAUAUUACAUUUUGGAAUUCCUAUUCCUCAAAAGGCUCAAGUCACCGGCUCAGCCAAGAAGAAGACCACUCAGCCAUUGCCGUUUAAUUUCGAGGCCCGUAACAAGCUCUUCAUGACGAAGAAGGAAGAGAAGUUGAAGAAAUUGCAGAAUGAGGAGGAGCAGAAGGCUAAAGUAGAGUUUCACGCGAGACCGAUGCCACUGUCUGCCAAGAAACUUCCUCAGCAGAUAUCGAGACCUGUGAAAGAACCUGGGAAGGACCAGGAUCAUCCAGGGGAGCUUCAGGACAAGUACAAGCCAAAAGUACUUCCAUUCAGCUUCGAAGCGAGGGAUAAAGUGCUCAUGAAGAAGAAGGAAGAGCUACGAAAGAAAGUCGAAGAGGAGGAAAAGAAGGCAAGGAAGUUUCACGCAAAUCCUGCUCCUCAUUUUAAACCAGUUCUUGUGAGGGGUAGGUCGAGGGAGAACAUCAAAACAGAUGAUAAAAAUCCAGGAACUGUACGUAAUCGAUCAGCUGAAAAUCACAAGGUUGACGUGAAACUCCAGACUCGAGGACGAUCUGUGGAAAAUCUGAGAGCAUUAUCUCGUGAUAAAUCCAAGGAAUCGUUGAAGACUCCAAGUGUUCCACGAAUGCUUCAGAAACAGAUUUCUCUGGGUAAAUUAUCGGAUCAUGCUGAUGGAGAUCAGGAAAACAGACCCCCAAAUCAUCAGCCAGUAGCCAAGGGGCAGCCAGCGACUAAAUCAAAUAUGCCUCUGCUUAAACCGAAGCUGAAGAGUCUACCAGUCGAGUUGCACAGUGAUAAACGAGCCAGAAUGCGCAAGGACUUUGAUGAGCAGAUCAGGAUCAAAGCUGCUCUCAAAGAGGAGAAGAGAAGGAGAGAUCAGGAGGAGAGGUUGGCCAGGGAGCAGAUGGAAAUCAAAGAACUGCGAAAGAAGGCUGAAACCCGAGCAAGGCCAAUGCCUGUUUACAAACCGAUGACUCUCAUCAAAUCAACCAAACCACUCACUGCUCCUGAGAGUCCAGCAUGGGCUAAAUCAAAACAUUAAUCUUUUACGUGUUAUUUUUUAAACUAUCAUUCUCAAAUUAUUGAUUAGUUUUUUUUUUAAAAACACAUCUGUAAUCACGAAAUCUUCAUUUAAAGACGCGUAUCUUUUAUUUAAUUCACUGAACUGUCGUUGGAAUAUUUCUGCAGAAUGUAACAAAUUUUUUUAUAGCAAAAAAAAGAACGAGGAUGUCUUGAGGAGAUGAAGGUUUCGAAUAAAUAUUUUGAGAAUGAAGAACAUUACAUUAGGCAAUUUAUUUUUUUGUUUGUAUGAAAAGCAUUAAACCAGUAUCUCUUAGGGCCACCUUUUUGUUUCAAUAAUAAAUAGGAAUUACUCAACCUAAAUUAUACACAUUGAUUCUUUGCCAAUGACCGUGGAAUAAAAGAACUAUUGCAUGCG